AUGACGGACCGCCACAUGAACGCCCUGCGGGACCAGAUCAAUCGCAUGCUUCGCGGACAGGCGCCGCUGCCCCCUACCACGGCGGCCACUCGCAACCAGCGACGCAAGAUGCAGUCCAAGCCCCUGGACGCGCGCGAGUCGGCGUCGCUGUAUCUCGGCGCCCUGAACUGGACGGCGCCUGUUGCUCCUCCACCGCCUCCUCCGCCCAUGGCGAUGCUCCCCCCUCCCCCUCCCCCUCCCCUGCCUCCUCCCCCCUUCACGCCCCUCAUCACCACCGAUGCUCGCAUGCGUCUGUUUUGUCCCGAGGUUUAUGGGGAGCCGCGUGGGCGGACUUUUUACGAGCUGUGCCUGGACAUUCAGAUAUUCGUCGAGAGUCAGACCUCCGAGGAUGUGUGGCCCAAGUGGCGUAUCGAGCUUGGCAUCUGAGGGUUUGUCAUGGACGAACAAUUGUAAUUGAUGGCGAAACACGGCUUGCUUCGGGAGGUGAUACGGGGGGGUUUUGUCAUGGGAGAACUG